AUGCCUUCCCCGAGUCAGAGCCUGGCCCUGGGGUACGUCAUCGUACUCCAGGGUCUCUGGCUCUCCUUCGCAGGCAGUCCCAUCAUUGACUUCGUUCUCAGCGCUUUUAUAGCAGUCCCCGUUACCGCCGCUCUCUGGCUCGUUGCUUCCGCCAUCAGCCCUCGCAUCAGCGAGGCCGUUCUCCUCCCCGGCCAUACUAUCGAAUCCUACAUGACCUUCAAGCAUCCGGAAAAGGUCACGUACCGCGGCAAGAGAAAGAUCCCGAUGGCCACCUUCUGUCAGUUGUACCUCAAUGGAGACGUCGAGCUGAACGGAGACACUCUGGCUAUCCUCGAGAAAAGACAUGACUGGGCUUCCUUCCGUCUGACUGUCGGUCUCAUCUACCACGUUCUCUUCAAGCUCAUCCCAAAGAUGGCUGAGGAUCUCUGCUUUCAUGACUACGAGGAACUCGACGUAGGCCUGCUGCGAGGCUUCCUGGGACCGCGCAUGAUGUACACCUCUGGUAUCGUCCGCGACACCAACAACGAAGAGUCUCAAGAGGAACUCGAGAACAACAAGCUCGACAUCAUCUGUGAGAAGAUUCGACUUAACCCAUUCGAUAGAGUCCUCAGCAUCGGUUAUGGCUGGCAAGCGUUAGCCAACCACGCCCGUCGUAUCUUUCCCAAUGUUCCAUUCACUGGCCUCACCCAUACCAACGAGUAUAUCAACAUCCAGGCCAUCAGAGGCGGAUACAAGAAGAUCAUCUGCACGCAUCUCGCCCAGCACAAAGGCCCCGGUAACUUCAUGGCUCUGCACACAGGCCCUGGCGAGUGCUCAGACUUCCUCAAGCAUAUUCACGGUCUACUGUCCAACGACGGUAUCUUCUUCGUCGAGGUCGCGGGCGCGGACAAGUCUUGGCAGUACGAGGACCUCGUAUGGAGACUCCUCAUGGCCAAGUACGUCUGCCCCGACGCCGUCCCCUAUGCCUCGCUCGGAUCCUUGACCAACCAGCUCGAGACCGCCGGCUUCAGAGUCAACAGCGUGGACAACAUUGGUCGCCACUACUCUGAGACGGUCCGGAAGUGGUACGGUAACUUUGUCUGGAAUCGAGACGCUUUGGUUGUCAUGUAUGGCCCCAAGGUCUACCGGACGUUCGAGUUCUUCUUGGCCUACAUGGUCAUCAUCUUCGGCCAAGGCCGCGCCAAUACGUACCAGAUUGUUGUCACCAAGAAUCCCAGUUCUGUCAACCGAACUGAACCUGAGCCUGAAGUUGAGGAGUCUUGGGAUCUCUGCGACACGUCAACAGACGGCUUCAACGGGGAGUGUCAGCAAUUCGUCAGGAAAGAGGGAACCCAGAGCAAGACGCUCUGGGGAUGUCGCGAGACAGGCUUGCCGUGGGAUCCCAUCGUCUACCUGUAUACCGCAUCGUCCAAUUUGCUUCCUCCAGUUCUUUUCACCACCACGGCUUCUUCUUCUUCUUCUUCAGCAGAGACAACACGUACCACAUCCGUGCCAAACUCCUCCUCGAUAACCCCAGACGACAAGCCCACCGCUUCCGUCCCAUCGGGCCCGACACUCUCAACAGCCUCUUCAACAAGCGCGCCGACGCCAGAGCCUUCCAACGGCAGCGGCGGCGGUGGCGCUUCAUCGAGAGGCUCUCAGACGGGUGCCAUCGUCGGCGGCGUCCUCGGCAGCGUAACCAUCCUUGCCAUCGCCGGCUGCGUCGCUACAUGGCUCGUCGUGAGAUGGAGACGAGAGACAUCGGUCCGGGAAGAAUCGAGGAGCGGCGGUCACGUCUCGCCGUCUCCCAGCCACGAGCUUGUUGGCGAUCAGCCGUGUGUGUCUCCUAAUCUGAAAGAGGGAGGCGGAGGAGGAGAACAGUGGGACUAUCAGCCCAUGUCGCCCUUGUCACCCGCGUCCUCGUCUGCGCAACGGGAUGAGUUUCAGGCGCCGGCGAGCGAUUCGAUAGGGAGCGCGAUGAAGCCUGCAGAGUUGGGUUGA